CACAAAACCCUGCAAUCUCUCUCUCUCUCUCUCUCUCUCUCUCUCAUCAUCAUCAGUCGUCUUCUUCUCUUCCACUGUGAGUGGGUUGGAUUGGAGGUUUAGAGAACACAACAGAGAGAGAGAGACCACUGUUGGGUUGGAUUGGAGGUUUAGAGAACACAACAGAGUGGGUUGGAUUGGAGGUUUAGAGGGUUGGAUUGGAGGUUUAGAGAGAGAGAGAGAGAGAGAGAGAUUUUCCAUGGCGGCGGGUAUUCUGGUGAGUUCGAAAACGGAGCUGAAAAGGAGAGAGAAGCUGAAGAAGAAGGCGAAAUCAGGAGGCUUCGAGUCGAUGAAUCUGAGCCCUAAUGUUUUCAGAGGCGUCAAGCGUAAGGGCUACAGGCUCCCCACUCCUAUUCAGCGUAAGACCAUGCCUAUUAUCCUCGCCGGCGCCGACGUCGUCGCCAUGGCCCGCACCGGCUCCGGCAAGACUGCCGCUUUCCUCAUCCCCAUGCUUGAGAAGCUCAAGCAGCACGUUCCUCAGGGCGGCGUUAGGGCUCUCAUUUUGUCCCCCACCAGAGACUUGGCUCUUCAGACCUUGAAAUUCACCAAAGAACUCGGUCGCUUCACUGAUCUUCGUAUUAGUUUACUAGUUGGUGGUGAUAGUAUGGAAAGCCAGUUUGAAGAAUUGGCACAGAAUCCCGACAUCAUAAUUGCAACCCCUGGUAGGCUCAUGCACCAUUUGUCUGAGGUUGACGAUAUGUCAUUGCGUACCGUGGAGUAUGUCGUUUUUGAUGAAGCUGAUUGUCUCUUCAGUAUGGGCUUUGCUGAACAGUUGCAUCAAAUCCUUACCCAACUUACUGAGAACCGGCAGACCUUGCUUUUCAGUGCAACCUUACCUAGUGCCCUUGCUGAGUUUGCUAAGGCUGGGUUGCGGGAGCCUCAUCUUGUGCGACUUGAUUUGGAGUCUAGGAUUAGCCCUGACUUGAAGCUUAACUUUUUCACCCUACGGCAUGAAGAAAAAAAUGCUGCAUUGUUGUAUCUGGUAAGAGAACAAAUCAGUUUUGAUCAGCAGUCAUUGAUUUUUGUUUCUACAAAACAUCACGUAGAGUUUCUUAAUAAUCUGUUCAGAGAAGAGGGUAUUGAGGCUUCUGUAUGUUACGGUGAUAUGGAUCAAGAUGCUCGCAAAAUUCAUGUGUCAAAAUUUAGGGCUAGAAAGACCAUGUUGCUGAUUGUGACUGAUAUUGCUGCUAGGGGUAUUGACAUCCCGUUGCUUGAUAAUGUUAUUAACUGGGAUUUCCCCCCCAAACCUAAACUUUUCGUGCAUCGAGUAGGGCGAGCUGCAAGAGCAGGUCGGACUGGCACUGCAUUUUCUUUUCUCACAGCUGAAGAUAUGCCUUAUCUUUUAGAUCUUCAUCUCUUUCUCUCAAAACCAAUCAGAGCUGCUCCCACAGAAGAGGAGGUUUUACAAGAUAUGGAUGGAGUAAUGUCCAAAAUUGAUCAAGCAAUUGCAAAUGGAGACACUGUUUAUGGGCGUUUUCCUCAAACAGUUAUAGAUCUUGUUUCUGAUAGAGUUCGAGAAAUUAUUGAUUCCUCUGCAGAACUGACUUCGUUGCUGAAAGCCAGUACAAAUGCAUUCCGGUUAUAUUCUAAGACUAAACCAUUACCUGCAAGGGAGUCCAUUAGAAGAGCAAAGGAUUUACCUCGUGAAGGGUUGCAUCCAAUUUUCAAAAAUGUGCUAGGUGGCAAUGAGUUAACAGCACUGGCCUUUUCAGAACGCUUGAAAACCUUCAGACCCAAGCAGACUAUUUUAGAAGCUGAAGGUGAAGCUGCUAAAUCAAAGCGUGUACAAGGCCCUUCUGGACAAUGGGUUGAUGUGAUGAAGAAGAAAAGAGCUAUUCACGAGGAGGUCAUUAAUAUGGUACAUCAGAAACGCUCUAAUGAUCAUUUGACAAAGGAAGAGAUACCUGAAAUCACUUCUUCAAAGGACACAAAGAAAAAAGUUUCUGGUUCCAAAAGGAAGGCAAAGACCUUCAAGGAUGAUGAAUACUUUAUAAGUGCGGUACCUACAAAUCAACAUUUGGAGGCAGGACUCAUGGUAAGAGCUAACGAAGGCUUUGAAUCAAACAGGUUGGAAGCUGCUGUGCUGGAUCUGGUUGCAGAUGAUAGUGGUGGCAUGCAGAAACAAAAAUCUAGAUUCCACUGGGAUAAGAGGAGUAAGAAGUACAUCAAGUUAAACAAUGGGGACCGUGUGACAGCUAGUGGAAAGAUAAAGACAGAGGGUGGUGCAAAAGUAACAGCUAACAAAACUGGCAUAUACAAGAGGUGGAAAGAGCAGUCACACAAUAAAAUAUCCCUUAAAGGAUCCAGUUAUGAGGGCAAUGCUGAAGAAUCCAAAAGUUUUUCAGGUGGUAAUGGCAUACGAGGAGACAACAGAAGGUUCAAAGGUGGGAAGAAGCAUUGGUCAAUGCCCAAUGCUCACGUGCGUUCAGAAAUUAAAGAUGUUGAACAAGUUCGCAAGGAAAGGCAGAAAAAGGCAACCAGAAAUUCUUAUAUGAAGAGCAAAUCUAAGGGGAAAAAGUUUGGUAAAAAUGGUAAAAAGGGAGGGGGUGGAAGACAAAGUAGUAGAGAUAGGCAAGGCCGGUCCCACUAGCUUCUCAAGUUUGUUGUGUCAACAUAGGACGGUUCUCAAAGAACAACCCAGAAGAGGGAGACUCGGCGCAAGUUUUGGUCUACAAGAGAAUCAAGAGCUGUUCGCAUUGUUGGAGUUUGCAUACAACACAGAACAAGUUUUGAUUUCGUGUUUGGAAGAAAGCAGAAUAGGAGGGUGAGAAGUUGAAUUUCCUUGAUAGUGUUAUAUUCUUUGGUCUUUAUUAUUUCUCUAUUGUAUUUAAAUUCUAUGUGGUAUUAGAGUGGGUCAACUGGACCUUAACCUAAGAUUUCUUUGCAAGUUUUGUUUCAUUGUUUUUUUCGCUGCUCAUUCUAAAUGUUAAGGCAAUUAUUUGUCAAAUUUGGUGCCUCUGAAAGGGUUUUUUUACUUUAUAAAAAAAAAUUGUGGUGACGUUAGUUUCA